AAAUUUUGGCGAUAUAUCCAGUGGACGCGCGUUCUAGCGGACCUGCGCCUGUCAAGCAGUCGCUAGCAGUCGGCAGCAGUCACGAAUGGUUGACCUGUGCAGUUGACUGUGCUGGUUGACCGAUCGUGCGGUAUUAAUCGCGCUUUUCUCCUACGCGCUUUCCAAACAUUUAUUCUUACUUUUCGGCACGUUAAUCGUAUAGGAAGUUUAUCUUAUAAAUAAGGUGAUGAUUAGAAUCGUGAAUGGGCUAGGCUUCGCAUCGGUCAGGUGAGAGACAGGUGGAUGGAUUGAGGAGAAUCGCCAGUCGAAAUACAAUCUAGGGUAAGGGAGUAGCAACCUCUUGGGGCCAGGGCCAGUCACGUGACCCAUAUGUUUACCAAAAUGGUGAACGUUCACCGUUUGGAACGUACUUCGCUAUUUUAUCGAGCUUCCCUCUCGUACGAUGAUGAGAUCGAGCGAGGAUACACGGCAAUUCGAGUGAUCUAUUCAUUUUUACAUCAACCUUCGCAGCUGCCACUAAUUUAAGUUUUGAUGUCUUAAUAUUUUGUUACCUUGUGCUUGGUUUGGUAACGCGGAGAGUCGUGAGCGAAAGUUUGAAAGUGGACGAAAGAAACUAUUGCUUUCCGUGUAUUAUAGAAGCAACCGUUGCUCCUACCUGAAAAUGAUUUUAAUUAUUAAUGGCGAUGACAACAUUCUUCAACACGGUUGUGAAUGAAGUCUUAAAUGGCCUAACUGGGUUUGCCAAGAAUGUUUAAUGUGAUGUGCGAUAGUUUUAUCUACAGAUGAUCUCUGAUAUAGGUUAGUGCAAAUGGAAAGUACAUUAAAAGACGUCUAAAUGACACAAAGUGUCUUAGCAUAGCGCUGUGUGCUACGGCCAAGCAUCGCUAAAGAUGGCCACGUAUCAAGUUGACUAUCAGUGGGCUUACUCUAUAAUGGAUUCAUCCAGAAUAUCCACUUUCCUAAUUUCAAUUCUACUGAUAGUCUAUGGCAGUUUCCGAUCCUUAAAUAUGGAACAGGAAGCAAAAGAAAGAGAGAAAGAAAAGCAACGUAGUGGAAUGUUGAGUAAUAGUAGUACUGGAAACACAGGUGGUGCUAAUGGAGGAAGAAUCCAAACCUUAGAUACAAUGCAUGCUCUCUGUCUACCUCUUGGUGCUUCCAUUUCUCUACUCGUCAUGUUUUUCUUUUUUGAUAGCAUGCAAAUGCUCUUAGCAAUAUGUACAGCCAUCAUAGCUACAGUUGCUUUGGCAUUUCUUCUACUACCCAUGUGUCAAUAUAUAAUUAGACCCUGCACAGAUGGAAACAAAAUAUCCUUUGGCAUUUGUGGAAGAUUUACAGGAGCGGAAUUACUUUCAUUUUCACUCAGUGUGAGCAUAGUAUGUAUAUGGGUACUGACAGGACACUGGUUACUCAUGGAUGCAAUGGGCAUGGGCCUUUGUGUAGCCUUCAUUGCAUUUGUUCGAUUACCAAGUUUAAAAGUAUCUACUUUGCUUUUAACUGGACUUUUGAUUUAUGAUGUUUUCUGGGUCUUCUUUUCAUCUUAUAUAUUUAGUGCAAACGUAAUGGUUAAGGUAGCAACUAGACCUGCUGAUAACCCAGUAAGUCUUGUCGCCAAAAGAUUGCACUUAGGUGGUGUAGCUAGGGAGGCUCCAAAACUUCCUCUACCAGGAAAGCUGAUGUUUCCUUCAAUGCAUCAAGCGGGACAUUUUUCAAUGCUAGGUCUUGGUGAUAUCGUUAUGCCAGGUCUUUUACUCUGCUUUGUGUUGAGAUAUGAUGCAUAUAAAAAGAGUCAGCUCUUGCCUGGUGGUUGUGAAACAGGAGUUCCACCACCACGACACUUCAACCGUAUUAGUUAUUUUCAUUGCUCCUUAAUUGGUUAUUUUCUUGGUUUGCUCACUGCUACUGUAAGCUCUGAGGUGUUCAAAGCUGCACAGCCUGCCUUAUUGUAUCUCGUGCCCUUUACCCUUCUGCCACUACUGACAAUGGCUUAUCUAAAGGGGGAUUUACGUCGGAUGUGGAGUGAACCAUUCAUAUCUCAACAACCUUCUAUAUACAUGGAAGUUUGACAAGAGUCAAGGCUCUUGAAAAAUAAUAACACAAGAUUCAUUGUCAUUUAAAAUUUUUAGUUCUGGUCUUUGUCAGUAUCACUUUAAGUAAGUAAGAUUUUCCAUACAUGACAUAUUCAGAGUUUUUUAAUAUCAUUGAUUCAUCACUCAAAAAAGCUAAUACAUGUUCGAAAAUUAACCAGGACAUUACAUAGUGCACCUAAGAAUUUCUCUUAUAGAAUUAAUUUUCAUGAACAAAGUAAUGUUAAGAGUGGAGUACCGUUUAUGCACAAGUUGUCAUUUUUUCUUUUCUUUCCUUUCUUUUUUUUAUAUAUAUUUUUUAUACAUUAAAAUAAGAAAGAAAUAAUUUUUUUUAACGUAUUUCCAAAAUACCAGCCAAUACUCGUAUUUUGUCAGCAUUCUUUACAUAUAUCUUAAAGUGUUGAUGUCAAGUAUGAGUAGAGUAUGUGUGGUAGAUAAUUGAGAGUAAACAAUAAGUAUUCUAAAAUUUAUUAGAUACGCGAAACUAUAAAUAUUAUUAUUUGGAAGAACAAAUUCUACUUGCUUUUCGUUUCAGUUUUAUUAUUAUUAUUAUUACUAUUAUUAUUAUUAUUAUUAUUAUUAUUAUUAAUAUUAUUAUUAUUAUUAUUAUUAUUAUUAUUAUUACCAUCAUUAUCAUUAUUAUUAUUAUUUCUUUUCUAUUUUUACGAGAAUGUAUGUGCAAAUUGAAAACAUUGAAGUAAUUGAUCUGGAUAUAAAUGGAAAAUACUUAAUAGUCACUCCACUCUCUAUAUUGAUGCUUCAGCAGCAGAAGAUUGCAUAGAAUAUUUUUUAUUUAUUAUUUACGGAGCAUCGGAUGAAUUGUACGUAACACCGAAUGAUGAUUAAACUAAUAUACAUUUGUUUGAAAAUUUAAUUCGAAAUUCAGUGAAUAUGUGUGAGUAGGUUGUGACUUUCUUUGAAAUUAGGUUAGUAUAGGAAAAAGCAAUGUUUAUGUAAAUAUAUCAUUUUCAUAAUUUAAAAAACUCAGAGUUCCAGUUCGCUUUGGCAUUGUGAAUAAGCUUAACUUAUAGAAUUUUUUUACUUGUUCGGUGAACAAUAAAAUUGAAGAUGUUAUUGAAUUGCAAAAUAAUCAGUGUGAAAAUAACAUGAUUAAAAACGAACUGUAUAUUUGGGUUUUUAUUCCGAAGAAGUAUACCCAAUUUUAAAGAAAAAUUAAUUCUUUGAAUAGCUUCCUAAGCACUUGCUAUGGAUAGGAUACUUGAAAGACUUUAUAUGUUUAUUUAAAGACAAGACUGAAAAUAAUGUGUAUAAAAAUCAAUUUAUCGAGAGAUUUUUCAAGAACAAAUUUUCUUUAACUUUUGCCUGCAUCAAUUUAUAACAUAGUAGGUUGACAUAGUAUAAUACUACAUAAUAUUACAUUAAUGCAGUAUAAUACAAUAUAGUAUAAAACAGUAUAAUAUAAUACACAAUAUGCUAUGACACAGUAUAAACAGAUCAAAUAAUUCGCGAUUUCAUACAGAUUAAAUAAUCAGUGUUUAUCAAUUGAACUUACAUUACGCAAAACAAAUGUAUAUGACAUAACAACUCAUCUUAUAUUUCUUUAAAACAUAUAUAUUAUAUUAUUACAUUGUAACAAAUGUUGAGAGAAAGAUUUAUUUGUAUAUCAUGAUUCUAGAGUAUAAUUUUAUGUUUUCAAAAUAAGCAAAUUUUUGCCAAGAUUGUUAAGAUGCGUUUAGAUCAAUCGCGCUAAUAUACAUGGUAAUCGUGCAGGUCUGCAAAAACAGUUGCGAAUGUUGCAAACCUUUUUAACGUAGGUUAUUAUUCGUGCACUUGCGUACGAUAUAUCUGCAAUAUUAAUAAUUAUAUCAAGCGGUUCGGCACGCUUUCUUCUGAGCGCACCUUCAUAUUUUUUAACAGUACUUCCUUAUGUUCGUAAAAAGUAACAAUGGCAGUAAGUGAUAAAUUAUUUUGUACAGUAGCAACGUAAACCAAAAAGUAUUUGAUUUUCUUCCUCAUAUGCUAAUUUACAUAUGUGGUUUUAAAAUAAAAAGAAAAAAGAAAAAUACAAUGCGCGUUAUUUGUUAUUAUGCAAAUGAAAUAAUUAGAACAAAAAACAUUUUCAAUAGCAUUGUGCAAAUAAAAGCAUUGGAAAUUGUCAAGAUUUAUCGUAAAGAUUAAUUUCAGUUUCAUGCUGAAUGUAUGUAUUAGAAUUAAAUUACUCCCAUUCUCAAUCUGCUUCUUUGAUGGUGUUUUAGCGAUAGAUCCAAAGUGUCUAGUUGUGAAAAUAUUUUAAAUUAAAUACACUUUUUGGUACAUAAA